AUGGCGAAAAUCGCGGUGUUUUUGGUGCUCUUUCUGAUCGUCUCCUGCAGUGUGUACGAAAUACAAACGGCGGAACAACAGAAUUUAAGCUACACAGGUCACGUUAAAAGAGGACGGUCAUUUUUGACUCCAAAAGUUUGCAGAAAUGGAUAUAUUUUCGUCAAAGGAAAGUGCUUCAAGAUAUUUCAACCAAAGUUAAGAGAUUCUAACGAAACUGGAGUUACAGAUGUUGGAGCUCGUUAA